CUGCUGCUGUACACAGAUAAAUACUAUAAAUUUCCAAUCGCGCAAGCGCAGCACUCUCGCACAGCAUACACAAUAUACCUGCCGAGCCAGAGCCGCAGAGACACGACCGUACCAUCGCAUCGAAAGGGAGAAAUCAUACAUCACCUCCCGAAAGAAGGCAAACCCUCGAAAGGCAGCGACCAGCACUCUUCCCCGACCCGAAAAGAAGAAAGACAGAAAACCCCGAACUUCCCAUAAUCCCAGCAGCAGCAGCAGCAGCAGCAGCGACAUCCCCACCCCACCGACCCCUCCCUCCAACAGACGAAAAGGAAAGGAAAAGAAAAGAAAAGAAAAGAAAAGAGAGGAGAGCAUGCCGUUCCGCGUCACGAAACGCCCGCCGCCGUCUAAGGUCAAGCCGAUAAAAGCGCCCAAGACGCUCGAGCUCACGUUCGACGCGGGCGCGCGGCAGGACUACCUCACGGGCUUCUCGAAGCGGAAGAAGGCGCGGGCCCAGGCGGCGAGGGAAUCGGCCGAGGCGAAGGAGAAGGAGGAGAGGGUGAGGGAGAGGAGAGCGCUCCGGGACAAGCGCAAGACCGACCUCGAGGAACACGUCGCGCUGAUCGCGAAGGAGAUGCGGCGACAGACGCGGAUCAUGGACGGGGAGGAAGACGCGGGGCUAUCGUCCGACGACGAGGACGACGAGGACGACGGAGAGAAGGGCGGGAAGGAUUGGGACGGCAUCCCGGACCCAACACCGGCCACGGCGAUCCCCGAGGAAGACGCGGAGGCGGAGUACAUCGACGAGGACAAAUACACCACCGUGACGGUCGAGGCGAUGGGGGAAUCCGACGAGGACGGAGAGGAGGAGGAGAUCGACUACGCGGCGCUGGACGCGGCGAAGGCGUCGGAGCUGCACGCGAAGCGCAACGCGAGGCGGCGGCCGUGGGAGAAGCGCAACCCCGACGGCAGCCUCCAGCCCAAGGCGAAGAAGCAGAAAUUCCGGUACGAGUCCAAGGCCGACAGGCAGGCGACGCGGCAGAAGCAGAAGUCGAAGAACGCGAAGAAGGCGGCGAGUCGGAGGGACGGAUGAGGGUGGCUUUAUUCUCCUUUCCUUCUCGAUAUGGAGAUAGGGAGGGAAUCUCGGGCGGGUGGGUGUAUUCCUACUGUAACAGUAGUUGGGGGAAACUGUGGGAGGGAGGAUAUGUAUUCGAAUGAAUGAAUGAAUGAACGAAUGACAUCCUAGGAAGGCAUCGUGGGAAAAACAGGCUGGAUGAUCCGUGAACACGAAAGGGCGCCUUUCAUGUUGAUUGGGGACCGGGCUGCAAGGGGAACCUCUGAACGCUCGCUGUGGGAGUCGUGCGGGCGGGCUGCCGGCCUGAACUCCCCUUCCGGAUCGAGCUCCCUUUUCUACGUGCGUGUGUGUGUGUGGG